CCUGCCCACCUGCUCACCUGCCAGCGGCGACUUCCCCGCGGCGGGAUCAUCCGGGGCUCUGCGGGCAGCCCCGUCGCUGCCAGGCACCUUGCUGCACAGCCUGCUGCCCCCAGGCACGGGGCUGACAGCACCUGUUGAGCGGAGAACAGCAACCUGUCCUUCUAGGACUCUAGGUGGGGGAACCUCUCCCUCCUCUGAGAAGGAACGAUGGCGAAUGGGCAUUCCGCGGACAAGAAUUUCCAUUAUCUCCUCUCGUGCUUCCGGGCCCGAGUGAGAAGGUACAUCGAGGUGGAGCCCGUGCUGGACUACCUGACCUUCCUGCCUGCGGAGGCGAAGGAGCAGAUCCAGACGAGGGUCGCCACCCACGGGAACAUCGGCGCCGCGGAGCUGCUCCUGAGCACCUUGGCGAAGGGGGUCUGGCCCCCGGGCUGGACCCGCAUAUUCGUGGAGGCCCUCCGGCGAGCAGGCAACCCCCUCGCCGCCCGCUACAUGGACCCUGAGCUCAGGGACCUGCCCUCUCCCUCCAGCGAGAACGCGAACGAUGAGUGUUUCCAACUGCUGACCCUCCUGCAGCCCACCCUGGUGGAGAGGCUGCUGGUCAGAGAUGUCCUGGAUAGAUGUGUGGCCGUGGAGCUGUUGACCGUUGAAGACAGAAGUCGGAUUUCUGCUGCAGAAAAAAAUGGGAACGAGGCGGGUGUGAGAGAGCUACUGAGAAGGAUUGUGCAGAAAGAAAACUGGUUUUCUGCGUUUGUGACUGUUCUGAGGCAAACGGAGAACGAAGCCCUUGCCCAGGAGUUAACAGGUACCGACAGCAAUGCAGGAAGUGAGAAUUCAUCACAAGAAGACAGUCCUGAAGAAAAAGAGCCACUCCUUUUAGCCACAGAUCAGUCAAGUCCAGAGAAAGAUGCCUGGGACAUUCAAAGCAACUCAGUGGAAUCAUCUUUUACGGAUUCUUCUGUAGUCUCAGAAUCAGACACAAGUUUGGCAGAAGGAAGUGUCAACUGCUUAGAUGAAAGCCUUGGACAUAACAGCAACAUGGGCAGUGAUUCAGGCACCAUGGGAAGUGAUUCAGAUGAAGAGAAAAAGGCAGAAAGAGCAUCCCCAGAGCCAGAACUGAAUCUCAGGCCGUACCAAAUGGAAGUUGCCCAGCCAGCUUUGGAGGGAAAGAAUAUCAUUAUAUGCCUCCCUACAGGGAGCGGGAAAACCAGAGUGGCCGUUUACAUUGCCAAGGAUCACUUGGACAAGAAGAAAAAAGCAGCUGAACUGGGAAAAGUUAUCGUCCUUGUCAAUAAGGUACCACUAGUUGAACAGCUCUUCCGUAAAGAGUUUCAAAAAUUUUUGAAGAAAUGGUAUUGUAUUACGAGAGUAAGUGGUGAUACCCAAAUGAAAAUAUCAUUUCCAAAAUUUGUCAAGUCCUAUGACAUUAUUAUCAGUACAGCUCAAAUCCUUGAAAACUCCCUUUUAAACUCAGAAAAAGGAGAAGAUGAUGGUGUCCAGUUGUCAGACUUUUCCCUCAUCAUCAUUGAUGAAUGCCACCACACCAACAAAGAAGCCGUCUAUAAUAACAUCAUGAGGCGUUAUUUGAAACAGAAGCUGAAAAACAAUAAGCUCAGGAAAGAGAACAAACCAGUGAUGCCUCUACCUCAGAUCCUGGGACUAACAGCCUCCCCAGGUGUCGGCGGGGCCACCAAGCAAGCCAAAGCUGAAGAACACAUCUUAAAAAUAUGUGCCAAUCUUGAUGCAUUUACUAUUAAAACAGUGAAAGAAAACAUCUGUCAACUUAAAGAACAAAUAAAAGAGCCAUGCAAAAAGUUUGUCAUUGCAGAUGACACCAGAGAAGAUCCAUUUAAAGACAGACUUCUGGAAAUAAUGACAAAGAUUCAAACUUUUUGCCAAAUGAACCCAAUGCCAGAUUUUGGAACUCAACCCUAUGAACAAUGGACCAUUCAAAUGGAAAAAAAAGCUGCAAGAGAAGGAAAUCGCAAAGACCGUCUCUGUACAGAACACUUGAGGAAGUACAAUGAGGCCCUGCAAAUUAAUGACACAAUCCGAAUGAUUGAUGCCUAUAAUCACCUUGAAACUUUCUAUAAAGAUGAGAGAGAAAAGAAGUUUGCAAUCCGAGAAGAUAGUGAUGAGAGUGGUGACAAUAGCGAUGAUGGUGAUGAAGGUGGGAAUGAUGGCAAGAAACCUUUGAAACUGGAUGACACCGAUAAAUUUCUCAUGGAUUUAUUUUUUGAUAACAAGAAAAUGUUGAAGAAACUGGCUGAAAACCCACAAUAUGAAAAUGAAAAGCUGACCAAAUUAAGAAAUACCAUAAUGGAACAAUAUACAAGGACUGCGGGGUCAGCAAGAGGAAUAAUUUUCACAAAAACACGACAGAGUGCAUAUGCCCUUUCCCAGUGGAUUACUGAAAAUGAAAAAUUUGCAGAAGUAGGAGUCAAAGCCCACCAUCUGAUUGGAGCUGGACACAGCAGUGAGUUUAAGCCCAUGACACAGAAUGAACAAAAAGAAGUCAUUAGUAAAUUUCGCACAGGAAAAAUAAACCUGCUUAUCGCUACCACAGUGGCAGAAGAAGGUCUGGAUAUUGAAGAAUGCAAUAUCGUUAUUCGUUAUGGUCUCGUCACUAAUGAAAUAGCCAUGGUCCAGGCCCGUGGUCGAGCCAGAGCCGAUGAAAGCACCUACGUCCUGGUUGCCCACAGCGGCUCCGGAGUUGUUGAACGUGAGACAGUUAAUGACUUCCGAGAGCAAAUGAUGUAUAAAGCUAUAGACCGUGUUCAAAAUAUGAAGCCAGAGGAGUAUGCUCAUAAGAUUUUGGAAUUGCAGAUGCAAAGUAUAAUGGAAAAGAAAAUGAAAAUCAAGAGAAGUAACGCAAAGCUUUGCAAGGAAAACCCAUCGUUAAUAAGUUUCCUCUGCAAAAACUGCAGUGUGGUCGCCUGCACUGGAGACUAUAUCCACGUGAUUGAGAAAAUGCACCAUGUCAAUAUGACACCAGAAUUCAAGGAACUCUACAUUGUGAGAGAAAACAAAGCACUGCAAAAGAAGUUUGCAGACUAUCAAACAAAUGGCGAGAUCAUCUGCAAAACAUGUGGCCAGGCUUGGGGAACGAUGAUGGUGCACAAAGGCCUAGAUUUGCCUUGUCUCAAAAUAAAGAAUUUUGUAGUGUCUUUCAAAAGUAAUGCAACAAAGAAACAAUACAAAAAAUGGGUAGAAUUACCUAUCACAUUUCCUGAUCUGGACUAUUCAGAAUAUUGUUUGUUUAGUGAUGAAGAUUGACAUUUAGUUGAAGAUUCUUUUAAAACAUUGUGAACUUAACACUUAAUAUAAUUUUGAUUGUUUUUUAUUAUACUAAAGAACUGAUGUAAGAAUUUAAUAAAAUAAUUGUUGUACUUUGAGAUGAGCUGUAUGGAGUAAAACAAUAUAUCAUACUUUUCAUUAUUUAUCUUGUUUAUGGGCAGGGGUAAAGAAAUUCUAUCAAUAAUAUUCAUUAGUGUGGAGCAGUAGGGUGGGGAGUACUGUGGAAAAAAUGCAGAAUAUAAAUGAGGGUCUAAGGUACGAAUUUCAGUUCUGUCACGAAUUUUCAAAAUAAAAUAAGCAAAUCAGU